CAGUAUCCAUUCAGGAAGACGGCUCUCUGAUUAGCCUAGCCUGCCUGGGUUUAAUAUAUAUAUUUAUUUAUAUAUAUAUAUAUAUAUAUAUAUAUAUAUAUAUAUUGGAAAAAUGGCGUCGGUCAACCCAUUUGAUGUCAGUGAUUCUGAGGAAGAAGCAGAACGACGUCCCAAUGAGACGGUUGACACAGAAAGAAGCCCGAGCGAGGGGGCGCCAGGUCCACCGCAAGGCAAUCCCUUCUCUCCGCCUGCAGAUGCCGAGCCUCCGACACUGCUGCUGUCUAGCAACCGGACAAGCCCCAGCGGUGAGGGCAUGUCGGUUUCGGCCGCGGCCACAUCCACUAUGGCAGGCGGUGUGGAGACGCGGGUGUCUGUGGAUGUUAUCGCUGCUCAGCUAUUGCGGGACCAGUACAUUCUUACGGCCCUGGAGUUUCACACUGAACUGCUGGAAGCAGGCAGGGAGCUUCCGCGGCUAAGGGAUUAUUUCUCCAACCCUGGCAACUUCGAGCGACAAAGCGGCACUCCACCUGCCAAAGACCAGGUGCUCGGACCUGGAGGACCACUGAAUCGAGCAGGCAGCAUUAGCACCUUGGACUCUCUGGACUUUGCACGUUACUCAGAUGACGGCAACCGAGAGUCAGACGAACGGGUGGCAGUGCUGGAGUUUGAGCUACGGAAAGCAAAGGAGACCAUUCAGGCUCUGCGGGCCAACUUGACUCAGGCAGCAGAGAGUGAAGUGGCAUCUCAGGAGAGAAAAAACUUCAAAUCGAGUCCUGAAAUCCAGGAGCCCAUCCGCCAACUGGAGAAAAGAGCCUUAAACUUCCUUGUGAAUGAAUAUUUAUUAAAAAAUGAAUACAAACUCUCAUCCAUCACCUUUUCUGAUGAAAACGAUGAUCAGGACUUUGAAUUGUGGGACGACGUCGGUCUCAACAUCCCAAAGCCUCCCGACCUGUUGCAGCUCUACAGGAACGGUGGCAGCACGCUCUCCUCUCCAAGAGAUAAGGUGGACGUGUCUGUCGGUGUGGCUUUUGGCGACCUUCCAGGAAACUGUGUCGUACGAGAGCCCCAAAAGAAGCCUGACCUGUCACAGCAGCAACAGUCAGAAGUUGUACAAGAACUGGAAUACCAGCUGAACCUCCUGAACAGUGAGAAACAGAGUCUUGCUGAGCAGAUAAAGAAACUGCAGAGUGAGAUUCAGAUCCUGAAAAAGAGCGUCUCGUCUCCGCCUCCAGCCACUGUGGAGCUUUGCUCCUCCUCUAGCUCCUCAAAGCCCUGCUCCACCAAUCCUCCUUCUGUGCCUUCUUUAGAUAAUGGUCAGUAUCUAGACAUUCGAGGGGUGUCGGAGGCUGGAAAUGACCUCGUAUCGACCUCCACUCAGAACACAUCACAGUCCCAACAGCAGACCUGCAACAGAGCUACGAGUCAACAACGCGUCCAGUUUGAUCAACCAAAUAGGAAGUUAUCCCCGGCCUUCCAGCAAGCCCUGCUGUCUUUCUGCAGAAUGUGCUCCGAGAGUCGACUCGGAGCCGAGGUGUCUCGCAUAGCAGACAGCGAGGAAAGCGUGAUGCUGAUGCUGGGCCGCUGUCUUCCUCACAUCGUCCCCAACGUCCUCCUUGCUAAACGAGAGAGAAUGGUUUCACAUCUUUGCCAGGAGCUGAUUCCCCUCAUACUGUGCACUGCAUGUCUUCACCCAGAACCUAAGGAGAGGGACCAGCUCCUCCACAUCCUCUUCAACCUGAUCAAGAGGCCGGAUGAUGAGCAGAGACAAAUGAUCCUGACGGGCUGCGUUGCAUUCGCAAGACACGUGGGUCCCACUCGAGUCGAAGCCGAGCUGCUUCCUCAAUGUUGGGAGCAGAUUAACCACAAAUAUCCGGAGAGGCGGUUGUUGGUGGCUGAAGCCUGUGGAGCCUUAGCUCCGUACCUGCCUAAGGAAAUCCGUAGCUCGCUGGUACUGUCUAUGCUGCAGCAGAUGUUGGCUGAGGACAAGGCUGACAUGGUCAGAGAGGCUGUGGUCAAAAGCCUGGGUAUUAUUAUGGGUUACAUUGAUGACUCUGACAAAUACGCCCAGGGAUUUGAGUUAAUGCUGCUCUCGCUUGGGGACCCAUCAGAGCGGGUGGUCAACGCAGUCCACCAGGUCUUCAUUCCUGCCUUCGCUGCCUGGACCACAGAGCUGGGCACCCUGCACACUGCACUCAUACCUUCUCUGCUGGCUCGUAUAGAGAAACUGCUCACACAGGGAGAACACGGCCUGGACGAGCACAAGCUUCAUGUUUUUCUGUCGGCUCUCCAGUCCCUGAUUCCACCUCUGUUUGCAGUGGUGCUGCAGAAUGCACCCUUCACCAGCAGAGCCAAGCCACACGAAGACAUACCUGCGAUAGAAGUGACCCGGUUCCCGAGGCCGGCCUCUCCCCUUCAGGACAUGGCUAUCAUCAUUGGGAACAGAGAGCUGCUCAGCUCCCUGCUGCUCCUCUAUGACCACCAGCUGGAGCAUGAAGGAACCACUGGCUGGGAAAGCCUGCUGUGGGUGGUCAACCAGCUCCUUCCUCAGCUCAUAGAUAUUGUGGGUCGCAUCAACGUGACUUCGUCAACCUGCGUUCACGAGUUCUCUCGCUUUUUCUGGAGGUUCUGUCGCACGUUUGGCAAGAUCUUCACCAACACUAAGGUGAAGCCUCAGUUCCAGGAGAUUCUAAGACUAUCAGAAGAGAAUGUUGACGCCUCAGCAGGGAACGGCAUACUGACCAAAGCUACAGUCCCAAUCUAUGCCACUGGAGUGCUGACCUGUUACAAUCAGGAGGAAGAUCGUAAGCUGUUGGUGGGUUUCCUGGAGGACGUCAUGACGACCCUGUCUCUGUCUCACGCUCCUCUCGACAGCCUGAAGGCCUCCUUUGUAGAACUUGGUGCCAACCCAGUGUAUCAUGAGCUGCUGCUGACUGUCUUAUGGUACGGGGUUGUCCAUACGUCUGCUCUGGUGAGGUGUACCGCAGCACGAAUGUUUGAGUUGGUUCUUCGAGGCAUGAGUGAAGCAUUAGUUGACCGUCGGGCGGCUCCAGCCCUAAUAACACUGUGCAGUGGGCCUGAAUUAUCGGUUAGGAUCGCCACUAUUCCUGCCUUUGGUACCAUCAUGGAGACUGUCACACAAAAAGAGCUGCUGGAGCGUGUGAAAAUGCAGCUGGCGUCGUUCCUCGAAGACCCUCAGUACCAGGAUCAGCACUCUUUGCACAUGGAGAUCAUCAGGACGUUCGGAAGGGUCGGUCCCAACGCAGAGCCGCGCUUCAGAGACGACUUUGUUCUCCCGCACCUUCAUAAGCUUGCAUUAGCCAACAACAGCCAGUCGGUGGAAAGCAAGAGGAUCGACAUCGCCAUCCACCUGUUCGAGGCCUACAGUGCCCUCUCCUGCUGCUUCAUUUCUGAGGAGGUCAUAGUCAACCAUUUCCUGCCAGGCCUCAGGUGUCUGCACGCUGAUAUGGAGCAACUGUCUCCAGAGCAUGAGGUGAUUCUAGGGUCUAUGAUCAAAGAGUGUGAAAUAAAGGUGGAAAACAGAGGAAUUUCUGACGCACAAGGAUCAAUUUCUAUUGCCUCCAGUUUGGUGGGUGAAGAUGCCAAGACCAAGUUUCUGAGUAAGAUGGGUCAGCUGACCACUUCUGGAGCAAUGCUGGCCAACGUCUUCCAGAGAAAGAAGUAACCGACUGACGUCCGACGAGCCAUCGCGAUGAACUGACAAAGCCCCCUGUUGUUCCUGGGAGCGUUUUAUUUCAGUGAAGAAAGCUCUGGUUCAGCCCAAAGUAGUUACGCAAUUGUGUUGUUAAAUCAAAAGAACGAUUAGACAUGAAAAUAAUGCUGCAGAGAUACGUACUACUUUAAGGAGAACUGAAAUGUUUGCAGUGAAAGCCUGUGAAGUUUUUCUCUCCCUUUCCCCCCACCCCCACUUUUCCUCCUUAAUUCUUUGUCACGACAUGCGCAAUGUCAAGAACUGAGGGUCUGGCUUUAUUCGUCAGUGUUAACAUUUUCAUUUCAGAAAAAAAAAAAAAAGAGGCAAGGGGAUUGGGGGGUGGCGGGGGGAAGCAGAACACUACGGAUACUCUGGCAAAGUGAUGACAAGGAACUUGAAAUGAUC